AUGACGAUGAAGGCGGCGGUGACGACGCUGGGCCGGGACCCACCACCGCCACCUUGCCCCACCGGUUGCGGCGGCGACGGCUGCGAUGCCCGGGACCCCUGGCCGCUCCACCACGUCCGCCACCGCACUGUCUUCUGCCGCCUUUGCACUUCUUGCGUCCUCAAGUACCACGCCGGAUCCUUCUGUACCGUCUGCUUCAAUCUCCUCGACGGGCCCCAGCCGGCGCCAUCCGCCUUCGUCCGCUGCUCCCGGUGCCCCUCCAUCGCCCACUUCGCCUGCCUUGCAGAAGCCGACCGCGCCUCCUCCUUCCUCUGCCCUAGCUGCUGCAACUCCGCUGGCUUCUCUUACUUUCUCGUCAGCAAUGAUGGACAGCAGCGAUCGAUUGAUCUCACAUCAGCUAAGGUUCUCGCCGCCGCGCGGCUGGCGGCGGCCUCCAUGAGCAGGGCCGCGGUGGCUUCGAGGGCCGAGGUGGAGAGGAAGGAAGAAGAAGGAAGCUAA